UUAAUUUUAAUUUUCUUCGUUAAAAUCUCCAGACAUGCUUUGAUCUCUUCUUCAUCUCGAAAAAUUAGAAUCUGGGGUUUUUUAUCUUUGUGUCAAUCUUGAUUUGAAAAUGUCCUCUGAAACUGAGUCAGCGACAGAAAACAACAUAAAAGGAGUACUUGUUCAUGGAGGAAGAUAUUUUCAGCACAAUGUCUAUGGAAACAUGUUUGAAGUCUCCAACAAGUAUGUUCCUCCUAUCCGACCAAUCGGUAGAGGAGCUUACGGCUUUGUCUGUGCUGCAGUAGAUUCGGAGACACACGAAGAGAUUGCAAUCAAGAAGAUAGGUAAAGCGUUUGACAACAAAGUAGAUGCUAAGCGAACGCUGAGAGAGAUUAAGCUACUUCGUCAUUUAGAACAUGAAAACGUUGUCAUCAUAAAAGACAUCAUCAGACCUCCAAAGAAGGAGACAUUCACAGAUGUUUAUAUAGUAUAUGAGUUAAUGGAUACUGAUCUUCAUCAGAUUAUUCGUUCAGAUCAGCCCUUGACUGAUGAUCAUUGUCAGUACUUCUUGUAUCAGAUUCUACGUGGACUCAAAUACAUACAUUCAGCAAAUGUAUUGCAUCGCGACCUUAAGCCGAGUAACUUGCUUCUGAAUGCAAACUGCGACCUUAAGAUUGCAGACUUCGGUUUGGCAAGGACGACAUCUGAGACAGAUCUCAUGACCGAGUAUGUUGUAACAAGAUGGUACCGAGCACCAGAGCUGCUUCUUAAUAGUUCUGAGUACACAUCUGCGAUUGAUGUCUGGUCUGUUGGCUGCAUAUUUGCUGAGAUCAUGACAAGGGAACCUCUAUUCCCUGGGAAAGACUAUGUCCACCAGCUUAAACUUAUAACCGAGUUGAUAGGAUCACCUGACGGAACGAGCCUAGAGUUUCUCAGAAGCGAGAAUGCGAGAAAGUAUGUCAAAGAACUACCGAAGCUCCCGAGGCAGAGCUUUGCAGCUAGGUUUCCUAGUAUGAGUUCUAUAGCUAUCGACCUGCUGGAGAAAAUGCUAGUGUUUGAUCCUGAAAAACGCAUCACUGUUGAGGAAGCAUUGUGUCAUCCUUUCUUGUCAGCACUUCACGACCUUAACGACGAGCCUGUUUGUUCCAACCAUUUCAGUUUCGAUUUUGAGAAUCCGUCUUCCACUGAAGAAGAGAUUAAGGAGCUCGUGUGGCUAGAAUCAGUGAAGUUCAAUCCUCAUCCGACCAAUUAAGAAAGUUGCAUCAUAUAGCAUUUGAACUUCUGCUUUAUCUUUGUUGUUUAAGCCUUUUCACUGGUCAACAAAAAAACUAAAUAUCUUGCAACACAAGAAAAUUAUGUGUAACGAUCUUCCUUGUAACCCAAGAUAUGUUUUUUUUUUU